GCUUGUUCUGUGCGGGGGCGUGUCUAUACAGGGGGCGUGGCCCCUGCCCAGCAGCCAGCUCGAGUCGGUCGACCAGCGGCUCCCGCCCCACAGAGGCGCCUGCACAAAAGUGACAGCCAGACGGAUCCUGAGGAGCAGGGCCCAUGGACACCUUCAGCACGAAGAGCCUUGCCCUGCAGGCCCAGAAGAAAGUGCUCAGCAAGAUGGCCUCUAAGGCCAUGGUGGCCGUGUUCGCGGACGACACCAGCAGCGAGAUCCUGGACGAACUGUACCAGGCCACCAAGGAGUUCACCCGCAGCCGGAAGGAGGCACAGAGGGUGGUGAAGAACCUGGUGAAGGUGGCCGUGAAGCUGGCCGUGUUGCUGCGGGCGGGUCAGCUGGACGGCAACGAACUGGCCCAGCUGCGAAGGUUCCAGGGCCGCGUGCGCAGCCUGGCCAUGACCGCCCUCAGCUUCCACCAGGUGGACUUCACCUUCGACCGGCGCGUGCUGGCCGCGGGGCUGCUGGAGUGCCGGGACCUGCUGCACCAGGCCACCGGCCCUCACCUCACCGCCAAGUCCCACGGCCGCAUCAACCACGUCUUUGGCCACUUUGCCAAUGGCGACUUCCUGGCCGCGCUGUACGGCCCGGCGGAGCCCUAUCGGAGCCACCUGCGCCGCAUCUGUGACGGCCUUGGAAGGAUGUUGGACGAGGGCGGCAUCUGACCUGGCCUGGAGACCUUUCCAGAACAUCACUGCUCGUCCCAGAUUUGCUCCUUCCUACUUCUGAGAAGCUAUCUUGUAGCCCAGCCUGACCUCGAGGCUGACCUUGAACUGAUGCUGCUCCUGCUGCCUCCUGAGUGCUGGGGUCACUGUCAUUCUUUCAGAUAAGGUCAUGGAGAAUCAGGAGUAAAAUUGUACUCCCCAAGCCCUGCUCCUUGCCCCUGGCCAAAUGUUUAUGUUCUUUUCCUAACUCUCAGGGCCUCCCGAUGUGACUCGCUUUAGGAAAUCGAGUUCAAGCCCUGGCACCAGUCUAGGGUCGAAGGGAUCCCAGCCUGCCAUGUGGGCUGGGGAUGAGCACACUUCCGUGUUGGGAUCUAAAGGAGACCCCAUCUGGAGACUGCACCAAGCAUCUAAGAGCUGAGGUGGCUCAGUGAGUCGUGAUGGGAGCUCAAUCCCCAAAACCACACAGUGGAAGCAGAGAACCAGUCAGCAAGGAGUGUCUGAGCUGGUGGGAAAGCUGGAGUCCUCACUGGGAGGGAGGAGCCUGGGGACCUCAGAAGCUGUCCCCAGCUUCAGCAGGGCAGGGCUACUGGAGAUACGUGUCUGUGUUAAAUUAUAAUGCCGUACUUGGGAAACAAACCCAUCUUUUCUCUUUGUAUGACAGCCAGGACUUGUAACCAACACUGACCACACAUGUGGGAGCAUGACGUAAUACCUGGUUUAACCCUAUGA